GUUGGAGAGAGAGCGAUUUUUAAGUAUAUGAAUGUGUGGGAGAGAAAGGUUCCUAAAACAAAGACGAGAGAGACUCUAAAACCUUUCGUUCUUUUUUCCCUUUAUUUUUCCCGUUUUGCCAUUUUGCUUUUCUCCUUCCUUCAUGGCUGCUUGGCUUAUUCUUCUUCUCCUUUGCAUGGCAAUGAUUCAAUCCACGUUUGCGUCUUCUUCUUCCUCUUCGUGCCUUCCCGAGCUGCCUUCAUUUCGCUACAAUCUUCAAUCACAAUGCCCAAUCUCGAUCCCAUCGAAUCCACCUCUUCAGGUGGAUGGAAAUUUUGUUGAAGGAAUUUUCUCUGACAUAAAGAGGACAGAGUAUACGUCUAUACUCUUUUAUGCAUCUUGGUGCCCAUUCUCUCGUAAAAUGCUUCCUCAAUUUGAAAUUCUAAGUUCCACGUUUCUCCAAGUAGAACAUUUGGUUCUUGAGAAAUCAUCAGUUUUGCCAAGCUUCUUUUCAAAAUAUGGAAUUCACAGCUUGCCUGCAAUAUUACUAGUGAACCAGACAUCAAAGUUGAGAUAUCACGGUCCAAACAAUCUUCUCUCCCUUUUUGAAUUUUACGAAAGAAAGACAGGGUUUGCACCAAGUAGUAAUAUAGUUAUUAGUCCAUCAACCAGCACGAUGAGUGAUGAGAAUUCAACUACAAACCUAUUCAGUUUGUCUAUGAAAGAAACAUGGAGUAGGGAACCCUACUUGCUAUUCUCUGUAUUGUUUCUCUGUUUGAGGUUACUUCUUUUUGUUCUCCCCAAGAUUGGAUCACAUCUCCGAGCAUUUUGGAUUUCCUGCAUUCCUCAUCUGAACUUGCAAAUUUUUGGUGAGACCUGCCAAAUGAUGGGGCGCGUGCUUCAGGUGAUCGAUGUCAGGAGGAUUUGGAACAAGCUAAGACUGUGCAAGACCAGGACUUUUCACGAAAAGGCAAGGAGUGCCCGCGUUUGGGCUUCAUCUAUAACUUCUGUUUCCCUUGGUGAGUCAUCAUCAGCUAGAUCAUCCACCCAAAGUUUGAACUAACAACCUUAUUAUGAUGUCAUUUUGAGGGUAGUUAAGAGUUUAUUUUUAUUAGAUAAUAUUAUAUCCUCAAGCUUUCAGUGAAGCUUGGCAACACAUAGUCUUCUUCUCUCUUGCUUAUUUUGUUGUAGUAUUAAAAGCCAAAUGUUGAUUUAUGUUUUAAGCCGGGUUUGGGAGGAAGCGAACAAGCAUAUAAAUUUGAGAAUUGUUCCUUUCUUGUAAAUUAGUUUUUUUCUGAAUGAAAUCAUACACACAUUGUGAUAUAAGCACGAA